UGCUCCGCCGGCUCCCUUCCCGCCAUCCUGCUCACUUAUUUUUCGGUUCUUUCCAUCUGAGUCCAUCAUCAUCAUCUUCUUCUUCAGUUUUGUUCCUUCUGUUCGUUGAAGGACCAGGAAAAAUACAAAAUUAACCCAAUCGUCAUGGAACGUGAAUUACGCCUCAAGGCGUUUAUGGAAGAAUAUGCAAGAAUUGUUCAGUUAUUCGAUGAUAUAGUUUCAAUGAAGGAAUCAAUGGGACGUCUUGAAAAAUAUAUGAUCAUCAUGGUGUGUCAAGUUCUUGUUGCUCUUAUGGGAGGAGCCAUCUUCAUGUGUAUUCGGUUUUUUCAAAGCCAGCGACAACGUGGAGAAUACGAAUUGGAACAUCGAUUCGAAAGGGGUCCGUCUGGUCGCGUGCCGGUCGCUCAGGCAACCCAUCAAAAAAUCAACAAGAAUCCCAUCACGUAACGACUAUGAGCCGAUUGGCGAGUGUGUAGAUGUUAUUGAGACUGAGAGAACGGGUUUGGAUGGAUCGGUUCCUUCAUUGGUUUCAGGACCUUCCACAUUUUUACAUUUUCCUGCAUCACCUGCCCCAACAUAUUCCUUUCGGGAAGAUGAUUGUCAGACCGAUAUUGAAAUAUCUGAAGAUGACGAUGAUCCAACAAUAACCCUAUCCAAUUGGCGUCAUUCAUCUCCAACUCUUUCAAUUUGUACUCCAAUUCUUACUACUCGUCGAUCGACUUCUUAUUCAUCAAUACCAACCAUCGAUCGUACGAUUAGCGAAGACUCGAUGCUGGUGAUUAAACGUUUGUAGUUUUAUUUCUUUAAGACAAUUUAUUUAUUCAAAAACUCUUCAUUCAUUACGGGUAGAUAAAUUUUCUAGUUUUUCCAUUCUAUCAACAUAGACCCAAUGCUUCUUUCCUUUUCUUUUUACCGUACGAUUUCCAAAACAUUCUGCCAAUUUGUCAUUUGCUAUAUAUUUCCUCCAUAAAUGUUUCCCUUUUUUCCUUCAUCCCAAUCCUUUUUUUUCUGGUAAUAAUAAAUUCCUUUUCUGGGCAAA